CAGUUUGGGAGCAGCUAUCAAAAAGGCUAGAAGGACUUUGUUCCCCAAUUUCACAUGAGCUUUAUUGCUUCAAACUACUGAGAUGAAGGGGGCGAGAUUAUUUUUCCUGCUUUCUAGUAUAUGGAGUGGAGGCAUUGGGCUUAACAACAGUAAGCUUUCUUGGACUUCACCUGAAGAUGAAAACUCCCAGAAGACUGUGACCUCUGCUUCAGUUCAUCUGACUAAAACACAAAGCUUCCCAAUGCUGCCAACCACUCAGGUCAUGUCGGCUGAGACAGCUACAAUUCCUGAGACAAGAACUUAUGAAGAAAAUCUUCUAAAAUCAGUAUUGCCUUCCUCGAAGACAAGCCCACAUCCUGAUGGUGUGAGAAACCAAACUCUCACACCCACAGAGACAACAAAAGAAGGAAUGGUAAUGUUACAAAAUCUUGCCAUUCCAACCAAAUCUAGCAUCAGGUUCAAUCCUGGAGCAGAGUCAGUGAUCCUUUCUAAUUCUACACUGAAAUUUCUUCAGAGCUUUGCCAGAAAGUCAAACCAACAACCAGUUUCUCCAAACUCAGUUGGUGGUGUGGGAAAUCUAUCCCCACGGGAAACAUACCUCAGCAGAGGGGACAGCAGUCCAAGCCAAAGAAGUGACUCUCAAAAAUCAAGCUUCGAAACAACGAGAGGAAAGAAUUGGUGUGCCUAUGUUCACACCAGGUUAUCUCCCACAGUGAUACUGGACAACCAGAUCACUUAUGUUCCAGGUGGGAGAGGACUCUGUGGCUGGACCAGUGGAUACUGUCCUCAAAGAUCACAGAAGAUAUCCAAUCCUAUCUAUAGGAUGCAGCAUAAAAUCGUUACCUCAUUGGACUGGAGGUGCUGUCCUGGAUACAGUGGACCAAAAUGUCAGCUGAAAGCCCAGGGACCGCCGCAACUGAUACACACCAGCCAGGCUGAAAGUCACGCAGCUAUUGGCAGAGGGGCAGCUGAGCAACAGCAGCACCAGCAGCAGCAAGACUGUGGUGACCCAGCAGUGAUGCAAAAGCUAUCUGACCAGAUGAACUCCCAGGCAAUGAAACUGACUCUUUUACAGAAGAAGAUUGACAACAUUUCUUUGACUGUGAAUGAUGUUAGGAACACUUACUCCUCUCUAGAAGAGAAAAUCAGUGAGGAUAAAGGCAGAGAAUUUCAAUCUUUUCUUAAAGGUCUAAAAUCUAAAAGUGUCAAUGACCUGGUAAAGGGCAUAGUAAGAGAACAAUUUAAAAAUUUUCAAAAUGACAUGCAAGAGACUGUCGCACAGCUUUUCAAGACUGUAUCAAGUCUGUCAGAGGACCUUGAAAACACCAGGCAAAUAAUUCAAAAAGUUAAUGAAUCUGUGGUUUCAAUAGCAGUCCAGCAAAAGUUUGUUCUAAUGCAAGAAAAUAGGCCCACUUUGACAGAUAUAGCAGAUCUAAGAAAUCACAUUGUGAAUGUAAGGCAGGAAAUGACUUUUACAUGUGAGAAACCUAUUAAAGAACUGGAAACAAAGCAGUCUCAUUUAGAAGGUGCUCUAGAACAGGAACAUUCAUGGAACGUUCUGCAUUAUGAAUCUCUCAAUAAGACUCUUUCUAAAAUGAAGGAAGUACAUGAGCAGCUUUUAUCAUCUGAACAAGUAUCACACCAGAAGAAUGUUCCAGCUGCUGAAUCAGUCAGCAAUAAUGUUACUGAGUACGUGUCUACUCUACAUCAAAAUAUAAAGAAGCAGGGUUUGAUGAUGCUGCAGUUAUUGGAUAAUUUGCACAUUCAGGAAAGCAAGAUUAACAAUCUCACUAUUGCUUUGGAGAUAGAGAAAGAAUCUGUCAGAAGUGAAUGUGAAGAUAUGUUAUCCAAAUGCAGAAAUGAUUUUAAAUUUCAGCUUAAGGGCACAGAAGAGAAUGUACUUGUAUUAAACCAAACAUUGGCUGAGGUUCUCUUUCCAAUGGACAAUAAGAUGGAUAAAAUGAACGAGCAGCUAAAUGAUCUGACUUAUGAUAUGGAGAUUCUUCAACCCUUGCUUGAGCAGGGACCAUCACUUAGACAGACAAUGACAUAUGAACGGCCAAAGGAAGCAGUAGUUGUAAGGAAAAGGGUAGAAAAUCUGACCAGUGCUGUCAAUAGUCUAAGUUUUCUUAUCAAAGAACUUACAAAAAGACACAGCUUACUUAGAAAUGAAGUACAGAGUCGCGGUGAUGCCUUAGAAAGACGUGUCAGCGAAUAUGCCUUAGAAAUGGAAGAUGGCCUAAAUAAGACAAUGACAAUUAUAAAUAAUGCCAUUGAUUUCAUACAAGAUAACUAUGUGCUAAAAAAGACGUUAAGUACUAUUAAGGGUAAUCUCAAGGUCCACAAAUGUGCUUCAGAUAUGAAAGAUAUUUUGGCGUUUAUCCCUCAGUUCCAACGUUUGAACGAUUCUAUUCAGAUUUUGGCCAAUGACAAUCAGAGAUAUAACGUUGUUCUGCAGGUUGCCAAGGCCCUUGCAGAUACUCCUAAAGAUAAGAAACUAAGUCAGUUCAACUAUCAAAAGAUUUAUCAAAUGUUCAAUGAAACCACUUCCCAAGUGACAAAAUUCCAGCAGAAUAUGAGUCAUUUAGAAGAAAAAAUACUCUUAGCCACUAAGAUUUCCAAAAAUGUUGAAACUCGACUGCAAGGCAUGGAGUCUAAAGUGACCCAGACACUCAUACCUUAUUAUAUUUCACUUAAAAAAGGCAGUGUGGCUGCAAGUGAGAGAGAUCAGGCUCUUCAACUGCAAGUAUUAAAUUCUAGAUUUAAGGCACUGGAAGCAAAAUCCAUCCAUCUUUCAAUUAACUUCUCUUUGCUUAACAAAACUCUCCACGAAGUUUUAACAAUGUGCCAUAAUGCUUCUACAAGUAUGUUGGAACUCAAUGCUACCAUACCUAAGUGGAUGAAAGGUUCCCUGCCUGAUAUACAGCUUCUUCAGAAACAUCUGACAGAAUUUGUGGGUCCAAUGAUUGAAAUAAAAACUCAAGCUGCUCUAUCUAAUUUAACUCGGUAUAUAGAUCAAUCAUUAUCUGAUAGUCUGGCAAAUGUUGUCAAGUCUCAGAAGCAAGUAAAAUCAUUGUUGAAGAAACAAAAUACACUUAAGAAGCCAACCGUGAAUCUUACCACUGUCCUGAUAGGCCGGGCUCAAAGAAACACAGACAACAUUAUAUACCCUGAGGAGUAUUCAGCCUGUAGUAGGUUCCCAUGUCAGAAUGGGGGCACGUGUAUAAAUGACCAAACUGGCUUCACCUGUGCCUGCCGGCAUCCUUUCACCGGUGACAACUGCACUAUCAAGCUGGUGGACGAAAAUGCCUUAGCUCCAGAUUUUUCCAAAGGAUCUUACAGAUAUGCACCAAUGGUGGCAUUUUUCACAUCUCAUACAUAUGGAAUGACCACACCUGGUCCUAUCCUGUUUAAUAAUUUGGCUGUCAAUUAUGGAGCUUCAUAUACCCCCAGAACUGGAAAAUUCAGAAUUCCAUAUCUUGGAGUGUAUGUCUUCAAGUAUACCAUUGAGUCAUUUAGUGCUCACAUCUCUGGAUUUUUAGUGGUUGAUGGAGUAGACAAGCUUGCAUUUGAGUCUGAAAAUAUUAACAGUGAAAUACACUGUGACAGGGUUUUGACUGGGGAUGCAUUAUUAGAAUUAAAUUAUGGGCAAGAAGUCUGGUUGAGACUUGUGAAAGGAACAAUUCCAGCCAGGUUUCCCCCUGCUACUACAUUUAGUGGUUACUUGUUGUAUCGUACAUAGGUUAGUAUGAAAAACAGACAGUCAUCUUUAUUGAGAAACAGCUAGUGUUAUUAUUUACCUUUGAAUGCACAUCAGCUCUGUUUUGAUUUUUCUACAUGAAAUGAAAGCUAAUUUCUUUUUAAACGUGAGUAAAGUUGUAUUUUUUUACUUUAUAAAACUUUGAAUAUCUGUUGAAUGUCCUGUAAAUGAAGACAUUCUUCCUUCUAAAAAAAUUUAGUGGCACAGGAAACAAAGUGAACUUGUUAGCAUAACUAUUUCUUUUUUGUUGUUGUUCCUUCAUUGUAAGUCAUUCCAUUAUAAAGUAAUAUUAUAAAAUGGCUAUCAUGCAAUAUUAUCAGUCACAGUAUUCUUUCCAAUAAAACAUUUAACUUUGUUAUUCCCUGUGUAUAUAAGCAUGUAACAAAUGUUUCCUAGAUUCACAAAUUCAAAUAAAUUACUCAAA